AUGGGCAAGACAAUAGAAGAUUACAACUUGGUUGAUAUGUUGAAGCGCAGUGAUGUACCUGGCCUUAUUACAAGCGAAAUUGCUCAUGAACAGGACUUGCAAGUUGAUGCAGCUGACUUGUUGGCUAUUGACAAACUCAAUGUCUGCCAACGCGUUGCGUUUCAAACAAUUUUGGAUGCAGUCAUUGCAGGCAAAGGAGCAGUUUUCUUUGUCGAUGGCCCAGGUGGAACUGGGAAGACUUUUUUGUACCGGUGCUUAUUGGCUGCUGUACGGUCCAGGAAAUGGAUUGCUCUUGCAACAGCAACUUCCGGUAUAGCUGCCUCAAUCUUGCCAGGUGGCCGAACUGCACACUCUCGAUUUAAACUCCUUGUCGAUGGUGUAGAUAAAUAUGUAUGCAACAUAGGUAAACAAACAUCAAUGGUUAGACAGUUUCGUUGUAGUAAACUCAUUCUUUGGGAUGAAGCAUCGAUGGCACACAGGAACAUUGUUGAGAGCCUUGAUACAAAACUCAGAGACAUUAUGGAUUGCAAUGAUUUAUUUGGAGGGAAGUUGUUGUUUUUGGUGGAGAUUUUAGAGAAUAUGCGUGGGCAAUCAGACCAUACGUUUGCACAAUACUUGAUGAGGGUUGGCAAUGGAACAGAGCCGACUGUUCAGCAGAACAAAAUUAUAGUUCUCCCAAAAUUUCUGGACCAACUUUAUCAGGCUGUAUACCCAGAUGAUCUUCUAAUCACUGAUACUGAAAGGGCGUUGCAGUUAUCCAGACGAUUAGAUUACUGA